UACACUCCAGUGAUACGGGCAUACGGCACACAUUGGAGUACACUUGCACUGCAACAGAGCAAGCUGCUUCAUAACUCAUAAGGCGAUGUCGGCCUUGCUCCGCAUCGACGCCGCCGGCAGGUUCCCCGUCCCGCGCGGCCGCACAGCAAAGUACAACGUCGCCCUUACCGCACCGGUCUCCGCCCGUCGCCGCGGCAGUUUUCCGUCUCGAGGGCUGCGCUGUGCCGGCGCGGAAGUGGGCGCCGCGGAGAAGCCUGACGCGGCGGCGGUGGCAAUAAAGGAGGCCGUGGAUGUGCCAUUACCGCCGUUCGAACAGAGCUUGGUGGCGGUGGGCAGCGCCAGUGACAGCGCGGCAGCCAACAAGUUGGGCUUCAAGGAGACCUUUACUUAUGUCAUGUAUGGUACGGGUGCUUUCGUUGCCGGGUGGAUUUUGUCUGCCUUUAUUUCAGCAAUUGAAUCAAUUCCCUUGCUCCCAAGGAUACUAGAGAUUGUAGGCCUCGGAUACACAAUUUGGUUCAGCUCACGGUAUCUUCUUUUCAAGGAAAACAGGGAUGAACUGUUUGCCAAAGCUUAUGAUCUCAAACUGAAAAUUAUUGGAUCCGAUGAUGCAUGAUUUGGUGUGCAUAUGGUAGGGCUUCGGUGCAUUUUUCUCUCCCUUUGUAACAAAUAGAUUAAAUUGUGCGUUUCCAAAACAUGUUACCAAAUUUCAA